AUGGCUGAAGACACCGCUGCUGCCUCCACACCUGCCGUCGCCGACGCUGCGCAGCCGGCCGUCGAGCGCGCUCCCGACGCCCAGCCCAAGGCAGCUCCUCCCACAGACUCGGCGCCGGAAGCCGCGGUCGAACAGGGCGCGGAGAAGUCAAAUGGCGCGGAGCAUACCACCGACGAUGCUCCUGACGCUACCACUACUGCCCAGAAAACUGCGCCCGUGGAAGGGGAGACAGAAGGAACCGGCGCGCCUGUCGACGCGACAGAGACGAAGACCAAUGAUGAGGCGGCCGCGCCCGAAGUGAACGGCACCCCCAAUUCUGCAAAGAAGGCCUCGAAUGGCAAACGCAAGUCGACUGGGGGCGUGCCAGAGCACAAGUCGAAGCUAAAUCGGAGGAAGUCCAUGGUCCGGACUACACAGCUGCACGCGAAGCCCGGAGAGUACUACUUGGCCCGCCUGCGUAGCUUUGCACCGUGGCCCUCAAUUGUCUGUGACGAGGACAUGCUCCCAGAGAGCUUGCUCACGACGCGUCCCGUCACCGCCAUGCGGCCGGACGGAACUUACCGGGAAGAUUACGCGGAUGAGGGCAAGAGAGCCCACGAACGCACUUUUCCCGUCAUGUUCUUGCAGACCAAUGAAUUUGCCUGGAUUCCCAAUACCGAUCUGACCCCCCUGGAUCCCGAGACCUGCAAGGAUGUCUCGGAAAAGGGCAAGAGCAAGCUUCUGAUCGCUGCAUAUGGUGUGGCCUCCGAGGGCCAUGAUCUCAAGCACUUCAAGGAGCUGUUGAACGAGCACCAGCGGGCUAUGGAACAGGAGGAAGAGGAACGCGAGGCGCAGGCCGCAGCCAAGGCUGCCGCCCAGGCCGAACGGGACGCGAAGAAGAAGAAGAAGCGUAAGAGCACGGACAUGGGUGACGGGGCGGACGAGAUGGAUGUCGACAAUGUCGACGAGGACAGUAAGUCCAAGGGUUCGAAGAAACGCAAGAAGGACGCCGACGCCGAUGCCGAGUCGGAUAAGUCCUCUAAUGAGUUUGAACAGCCGGCCAAGACUCCCAAAACGACCCAGAAGCUCAAGUUAACCACCCCCAAGCCUCCCGCCGCCGAGACGAGCAAAAAGACCCCCGGUACUGGCAAGACCAAGGCUAAGGCCAAGGCUGGCGCCAAGAAGGCAGAUGACGACGAAGAGGCCGUAGAGGAGGCUAAGGAGGAGAAACCGGUCGAGAAGCAGAUUGACCCUCAGGCGGCCAAAGUGAAGAAGGAAAAGGAGGUCCUUUACAUCCGCCACAGGCUUCAGAAAGGCUUCAUUUCGCGUGACCAGCCUCCCAAGGAGGAGGAAAUGACCGCCAUGUCAGGGUACUUUGCAAAGCUUGAGGCGUACGACGAAGUGGAGGUGUCGAUCAUCCGGUUGACCAAGAUCAACAAGGUGCUCCGGAUGAUCGUCAAGUUGAGCUCCAUCCCGCGCGACGAGGAGUUCAAUUUCCGGCGCCGCGCCAUCGACAUCCUCUCCAAGUGGAAGACGGUUCUCGACUCGGACACUGCCGCCACCCCGGCCGCGGAAGAUAAGGAGAAGGACGUCGAGUCCAAGGCCGGUGCCGCGACGACCAACGGUGUCGCCCACAAGGAUGAGGAUGACGUUGAGACCGCCAGCACCCCGGCCAAGACCGAGGGCGGCGACGAGAAGACUGAAGAGCCCGCCGCUGCGGAGCCUGUCGACCAGCCCAUGCCUGACGCUGAGCCCUCAGCCAAGGAACAGGCCCCCGUUGAUGCUCCCGCCGAGGAGAAGAAGGAGAAGGAGGAAGAAGAAGAGAAGGAGGCCAUCAAGGAGGAGGAGGCUGCAGCGGCGACAUAG